CCGACUUCCUACUGCCUCAAGAGCGAACAUUGAUGGUAGAAUUAAUGAAGAGGAGGCAUCGCGCCUAUGCGUUUAGCGACGAGGAGCGUGGCAGACUGAAUGUGGACAAGAUACCUAUGAUCCGCAUCCACACCGUGCCACACGAGCCUUGGAACAUGAGAGGGGCGCGAUAUCCUAACCUUGACGAGGAAAAGAAGGUGGUGGACUACCUCGACGGCAAGAUAACUACACACGUCGCAGACUAUUCUAGUGGACCGUAUGCGUCCCCGUGGUUUUGCUUCAUUAAGCAUAACGGGACGCUGCGAUGGGUGCAAGAUCUGCAGAGGUUAAAUGCGGUGACCCUGCGAAAUGUUGGAGGACUGUCAAAUGCGAAUGCUUUGUCGGAAUCCUUUGCUGGAAGACCUAUAAUUUCGCUUAUAGACCUUUACUCAGGAUACGAUCAGUUUCCGGUCUACCCGCCGGAUAGGCCGGUGACGGCUAUGCAUACGCCGCGAGGAUUAAUCCACAUGAACGUGGCCCCUCAAGGGUGGACCAAUGCGGUAACAAUGGUCCAACGGGCCAUGAUUCGGGUUAUGCAGUCAGUCAACUCCCAUAUUACACAGCCAUACAUCGACGAUUUGGCAGUGAAGGGGCCGGCAGUGAAGGAGAGCGAUGAAGUCUCACCAGGGGUAAGGCGCUUUGUUUGGGAGCAUAUCGAGGACCUCGAAAAAGUCCUGAGUCUGCUCGAGGAGCAUAACCUCACAGCGAGCGGGGCCAAAUCCAGACACUUCAUAAGGGAAGCGACUAUUUUGAGAUUCGUCUGCAGCGAGAAGGGUCGGAGGCCGGAUGUGAAGAAGACGGACAAGAUUACUGAGUGGCCAGUCCCGUUCCACACAGUAACUGAUGUCAGAAGCUUCCUUGGGGGAGUUCUAAUUCAGGCAGACAUGGAAGGAAAGGAAAGGCCCUUGCGAUUUGACAGCCGGAUUCCCUGUACGACGGAGAGAAACUACUCUCAGUUCAAGAGAGAGACCCUUGCCUUCCUCCAUUGUCUGCGAAUCUUUCGAAACUACAUCUUUGGCAGGAGGUUUAUUUUGAGAGUGGAUCCGACCGCCUUGGCGUACUCUCUAAGGAAUUACGUUCCAUCGGAUCCGACGGUUGCCAGAUGGCUGACGUACAUCUGGAUGUUCAAUUUCAAAUUGGAACGGAUACCUGGCAGUAAGAACCGGGCAGACGGGCUGAGUAGGAUCAACUGGGAUAAACAGGAAGGGGAGGCGGUGGAGGAUACGCCCCCAGUUGAUGGAUUUCUAGAUCAGGAAGAAGAUGUUCAUCUCCACAUCAAUAAGUGGUCGUCGCGAGUGCCCAGCUGUGUAGGCUAUCCUGUUUGGCAAACGCCAAGUGGGUAUGAACGGAGGGAUGAGCUAGUCCUUAAGCCCUUUAAGGAAGAGGAUCCCUGGGGUGGUAAGGAUGUUCAGUGGAUGAUGGAGCUAGCGCUGGCCAUCUCGCAUAGCCUGGUGGAGGAUAUGAGGACGAUUGAGGAAGGAGCUGGCCAGGUAGAACGACAUGAGGACCUGAUGGGAGGAAUGUAUCUCCUCGUCAAUACGUUAUUGCAGGAAAGCCUAGACCAGUCAGGCUCGUUGAACCCGGCAGGAAAUGUAGACGAAGUACCCGAGAGCCAGGACGACGAGUUCGAGGAAGCGGAAAUUAAGGAGACCUUUCGUGCAGAGGAAUACGAUGAGAUCUACCUAGAGCUGGGGCUUCUUCUGUCAUGUGAAAUGCGGCUGAGGGAUGCAAGCAAUAGGGCUCAGAGGAUGCUACAGCGCUACUUAGUGCGAGACGGUCACAUUUUCGAGCCACCUGUGGGGAGGGUUAUCCUGGAGCCAGAGGAGGCGAGAGCACAGAGACAGGCGGAGAGAGAGGCAUUCGAGUUCAGAGCUCCUACCGAGCUCGGGACACUGCCAGUGGCGGUGGCAGGCCCAGUCGUACCUUUGGCAGUAGAGGAGGGGCUCCCACCAUCUAGCAGUGAGACGGCUCAGGGCUCAGCAGAGGGAUCCAUGGGCGUGCUCCUUGAGGCGGUGCAUACUAUGCAGGAGGAGGUGAGUUUGUUUUCACCUGAGCAGAGGAUAGAGGAGCCUCUUGAGAGAAAGAUAGCGAUUGAGGCAGAGGGUGCCAUCGAGAGCGGGCUCCAGAGGAUGGGCACGUCUGAGUAUGGGCCAAAGGAGAUUGAGGAGCAGCCCAUGGCAGUGCCAUGAGAGACACUCGAGAGGAGACCUUAGAGGUUGGACACGCCUGAGUACGUCCCGGUGACAAGGGAUUUGAGGAGCAGA